UCCACACCUACAUUAACUAAGCCUUAGCCUCUUCUUUCCAUUUGCCCUCAAAUUUACGUUCCCCUUCAGCACGUACUACCAAAACUAUGUUCAUGCCCCUUCUCUCCACUAAAUAAACUUGCAUCUCCAUCUUCCCACUACUACUCUCGUAAGUUUACAAUUUUCUCCACCACUUCAGUCUUCGUAUUUAUCUCUAUGGCUCAAACACCCCCUCCUCCAAUUCCCAGUCCCAUCUCAAUAAGAACACUUUGUGACCAAGACCCUAAUCAUGAUCAAUUCCAACUCACUCAUCAUCUCAACUUUAUGGUCAUCUUGGCAGCAAUCUUUUGUGCCCUUGUGUGUGCUCUUGGUCUCAAUUCCAUGUUACACUGUGUUUUUCAAUGCACGAAUCGCACCCUCACUGAACCGGUCCAAUGGGUAGCUUCACGCCGGCUUAAUUCAGGCCUAAAGAAGAAGGAAAUGGUGGCUUUGCCUACUUCAACUUACGCUGAUUCAGGUACUACUUCUCCAUCUUCAUCGUCUUCAGGCUGCGCUAUCUGUUUGGCAGAUUUUUGUGAUGGGGACAAGUUAAGGGCGCUGCCCAAGUGCAACCAUCGGUUUCAUGUUGCCUGCAUUGACAAGUGGUUGCUCUGCCACUCUUCGUGUCCGACUUGCCGGCAUAGGCUCAAGUCCAGUGACUCCAUGCCCUCUCUUUCUGAGAUUGUCACAACCUAAGAGACUCAAUACAGAGAAGUCAUGAGCUUAGUUGAGUGGAUAUGACUGCAGAAACUCAUGAGUUUGUAUUAGGGUUCGAUAUUAGUAUCUGGUUUUACUAGUUUCUCUUCCUAUUUAACCUAUUUUAUGAGUUCAUUCUUUCCUCAUGGAGUUGAGAAUGGAGGAGUUUUGAGUUUUGUAGUAUGCAAACUAUAUUAUUAAAUGUUCUAGUUUUGCUAUUGCCAUAUUUCAUAUGUGUGUGUGUAAACCGUAGAACAUGAACUUAUUAAUUGACU